CUCCUCCUCCUCAUCCUCCUCAUCCUCCUCCUCGGGUCGCCUACGGCCCCGGGGGACACCGUGUAUUAGGCCAGGGGUCCCAUUUUUUGGCUUGAGCAAUGUCCUGUUCCCCUGCCAGCACUAGUCUCUCCUCGCACCCCGGGGACUCGGACGACCUCGACGAGCUGCCGCUGAUGGUGCCGUGGCGCUCCCAGAAGAUGGACGACAUCGACUCCAAGCUCGCCGCCAUCGAGGGCUCCCUCAGCGAGGCUAGGGCGGCGCACGGGGCGCCGAUGUCGAGGACGCUGACCGAUCCUGGCGCGAGGGUGGCCUCGGUGAGGAGCACCGCGCCAGCAUCGCCGCACGGCCGCUCGGCCUUGCAGGCGCGCGCGCGGCCGGCGGCUCUGCCUGGCCGCCCCGCUUCGCAGGCGCACCGCAAGCUGCCAGCGCCCCUCGGCGCCUCCGCGCCGGCCCGGGCACGGGGCGGAGCGGCGAGCCCGCCGAGCCGGCGGGGCGCGGCGAGGCGGGCGCGCGGCGGGCUCGCGGAGCCCGGGGCGGGGACCCACAAGGUCGUGAAGAUGCGCACUGGCCCCGCAGGCCCGAGUCCAGGAGCAGCCCCGCGGCCCGGCCGCGCCGAGGCCCGGGACGCCGAUGCAGGCCCAGUCGGGAAGACGCGCACGUCCCCGCCAGCGCUGCGGGACUGACUGGCGCACGCACCCCGGGUGGGGUCCGCGGAGUAGCGGUAUCGGUACUUUUUUUUGUGUUCCCUAGUCUUCGGCGCCAGUUUUCCGACGAUUUGGCGUUUCCAGUCCCGGCAGGUGUCUUCGAUCCCGGUCCUUGGGGCCGCCUGUGGGGCCCGUGGGCGAUCAAACAUGGAUCCUGGACGAAAAACUGCCCCAGGGAGAGGGUCGGGCCUUCUUCGAGGCCUCGCGCUGAGAAAAUCACAUCGUCGGACACGGCCAGGAUUUGGUUCUGGAGAGUGCCUGCGAAGUUCAGUUGUCCCCGUUGCGCGUUCGCCCUUCAUUUUCCUCCCAGGCCGUUGUCAUCAACGGUUGUAGGUUUUAGCGUACUUCGGCGGCCCUCAGUGUGGGCUGUACAUCACAGCGCCACACGUAGGCCUGCCGACCAGAUCGCAAUUGUGUACAGACCGCACGCAUGGUUAAACCAUGCAACUCGUGCAGACUGUUUUGGUUCGGGUAGGUUGUUUGGUUUGUUUCACCCGCUGAUGUGCCAUGAAAUUGUGCGCGUCCCAAGCUUAUUCCUUCGUCCCGCCUGUUCCUCAUUCCCUCCUCCCA